GGUGUAACUACACUGACUAUCGAAAUGUUUUCUGUGAUUUCCACGAUGUCUGUUUCACGAGGAAUUAAAUUAAUUAAUGUCACUUCAUACUAUUUCAUAUAAGUUACGGGAAUUAUUUGUGCACUAUCAUUAAUCAUUAAACCUUAACCGAGUAACCAGUGUUUGAUAACCAAGGGAAAAGGGAAACAUUAACAUUAUGGGUGCGCGAUAGGGUAUCCCACCCAAGGACUCGGUGUUUGAUGUCCGGGCAAGCUAUGGGCACUAACACGUACAGCCAUUAGCGAGAACUACUUUCAAAUGUCGAUACUAAACUGCAGUUUUCUUAUUGAUGUGAAUAUAAAUCAAAUGUAUAAAUGUUAUCCUAUACCAGUGCGUAUAGAUAUACGAUGUCGUGUAGGAGAGAAUAGACAGACAACUGUUUAUUUUCUACUAACAUGUACUUAACUCCUCCGAUUGUUAACCUGACGAAAUAUUUUUUCCUCACAUGUACCGUGAAACGUAAUUAAGUUUGACACGAUAUCUAUUUCUGUGUGUAUUUCUAUAACUCAUCAUUUCCCUGUAUCAACAUAGAAAGUUUCUUUUGUUUACGCGUUGAUAAUGGGUGCAGUAGUUGCCCCAUUUCGUAAAUACUGAGCGCACAUGUAUACUUGUUACAGGAAAGUGAGAGAACAAUACAUCUGAUAAUUUAAAUAGGUCAUUUAGAAGAACAAUUAAGAUCUUAUAUUCACAGAUAAUAAAACAGAGGUUCUAUAUGUCCGUGCGUCAUAAUAACCCAUCUCAGGUUGGGUUGGAAUAACACGGAUACGUUUUGAAAAGCUGAUUUCAACAAAAAUCAGUUCUCAGUAUAGCUAAUUUUUAUUAUUUACUGGAAGGUUAGUUCGGAAUGAUAUUCCGUAAGUGAAGGGUGGGUUGAGAUUUCAAAUUCGUAAUCUGUAUACACAUUUUUGUUUAAGUUACCGUCACAGGUACAAUUUAAGCAAUUGAAAUAAUUAGUUAAUAUAAGAUUGUGAAUUGUCUAUACACGUUACAUGUACUUGUCAGUGCUGUGUUGUAAUGUGGAAAGUACCUUGUCUAAUUUAGUAACGCAGUGUCAUGUACGUGUAGUCCAUACUGUGUAUGUCCAUAUUUGGUGGUGUUUACGACUUAUAUGUAAAUUAGGGUAUGAAAGUGUAAGAAAUCGUGCAAGAGUGAGAGCGAGAAUAGUAAAACCCGUGGGUUAUGGUAGAACGCCGCAGUAGCCAUUCAUAGGUCGGUAGGACAUAUCCUCUGGGGUCCGGUGACCAAUUAUGUAACAGACAUGUGUACAGACUUACCGUUUUACCAGACAUAACAGUCUUGGAAGGUUUUCUUCCGGAAGUGGAUACCACACAAGGUCAAUCUGCUAUUCGUAAGGAUGAAUCAUUAUAACAAUGAUUUAAGGAAAGAUUGUGAGAGGAAAGAUAAACAAGCAAUAGGCAUGGCAGAGGCUCAUGUAGACAAUCGAUCUUUCAAAUGUCUGAUAUGUCUCCAGGAAUGUAACACACCCCGACAGCUAUCAUGUUUUCACACGUUUUGCACGGGUUGUUUGGACACCUAUAUCAAUUCUGAAUACGUCACAGAAGAUAACAGGACGUACUUCCCCUGUCCGGUAUGCGAAAGUCCGUGCUACCCUCACGACAAGGAUGAUCCCGUUAGUACUUGGGCCGGUUCGUUUCCUCGGAAUCAGCUAUUCGCUUCCUCAAUGUUCAAAGAGACAGAAUCAGGUCAGACAUUCUGCAACGGAUGUCUAACUGACGACGAAGAGAACGUUGCUUCCUUCUGGUGUAAAGCAUGCUCGGAAGCCUUGUGUCAGCCAUGUCGCGUUGCACACCGACGAAGCAAAUUACUUUCAACGCACAAAGUCAUUGCCAUAGACGAGGUUUCUAAGACGGAUAUACGUAUGCCUGUAUUCGUUGACAACACGUGCCCUCGACAUACGGGGAAGACGAUCGAAGUAUACUGCCACGACCACAACGCCUUAUGCUGUGUUCUGUGUGUGGCACUGUUGCAUAGAAGGUGUACGAAUGUCAAAAGCAUUGGAGAUACUGCACAGAUGUUCUCGCUCGAUGUCAUCGAAUGUGAGUUAGGCAAGAUGACGGACGAGUCAAAAACGAUUGUUGAAGAGGACGAAAACAAGCUGACCACUCUCGAAAGCGAUUACGAGAAAAUGACCAGUAAUGUGGCCAUGAUAAUCGAGAAAGCGAAAGAUAAGCUGGAUGAUCUCCAAAAACGUUUUCAAACCGGGUUAGAUGUAACAUACCGACGUCAUCAAGAUAGUCUUCAUAAACGCUUACGCACCAAUAGGAUAUUUCAAGCAAACAUUGAAAACACUAACCAACUGAUGAGGAUCGUAAAAGAUAAAAAUCCUGACGUUGAGACAUUUAUUGUAACGGAACAAUCCAAGACACAACUUCUGAGACACGUGCGGCGUUUACAGCAGAUGACUGGAGACAAACACAACACAUUUGAAUUGAAGAUGAGAUAUGACGACGUAUUAGAGAAGGUCAUCAACAUGAUGACAACUGUGGGAAGGUUAGAAGUCUCCUCUUCAUUGUCAUCGUCAUCACAUGACUCCCUCACAUCUAUCAGACAAAUCAUUGACACACUCCAGACAACAUCGUCCGUGACAUCGUUUUCCGAAUCAACGUCCUCCUCGGACAUGUUGAGAGAUGUAGGACACGUGACAGUUCCAUCUUCGUCAAUAGCGCCUCGUAUUGACGUGUGGACUGGGUCUUUAUCUCUGGUCAAGUCUGUAAAUAAAGGAUCCAUCGGUGGGUCAAAGACUCCGCGGCUGACAGGAGGGGUAUUUAUUGAAGGAGAAGGUCUACUCGCUACAGACUACAAAAACAAAAAACUGUUACUGUUUGAUGAUAGCUAUGAGUAUAUCGGGCAUUAUGAUAUGGAUAAUAGUCCUAUUGAUAUCACACGUGGAUUUGAACCGAAUGAGUUAAUAAUGACCCAGAUUGAUAGUUCACUCAUUAGGUAUACAUUUCGGGAUGGUUGCAUAACCACUACCGACAGUAUAAGUAGUGCUCAACAAUGUUGGGGUAUAGAUACCCUGGGAGAUAACAUGCUGACCGGGACUGAUUAUUCUGUCGAGAUUUCAACAUCUGACUUUAAGCAGGUAGCCUCUAUUCCUAAACGCGGUUACAAUACUUUCGUUGCCGCAUCCCCAAAUGGACUCUUUUACCACAGUGAUGAAGACGUCAUCGUAUGUCGGUCACGUGACGGGAAGGAAGUGCACCGGAUUAUGUGUAAAGGUAUCAAAGAGCUACGAGGUAUUACCCUUGACCAGGAUGGUAAUGUAUACGUGUGUGGAAUGGAGUCAGGAGACAUACACCUGAUAUCACAUGACGGCUCAAAGGGGAGAAUCCUUCUCUCAAGAAUUUCUGGAAUCACUCGACCAUACGCCAUACUUCACCAUCCAACAAGACAGGAGAUCAUUGUGACGUCAUGGCAGGAAAACGUCGUCUUUGAAGUGUACAAGUUUUGUGACCAGUGAUUGGUGUAACUACACUGACUAUAUCGAAAUGUUUUCUGUGAUUUCCACGAUGUCUGUUUCAUGAGGAAUUAAAUCAAUUAAUGGCUCUUCAUACUGUUUCAUAUAAGUUACGGGAAUUGCUUGUGCACUAGCAUUAAUCAUUAAAUCUUAACCGACUAACCAGUGUUUGAUAACCAAGAGAAAAAGGGAUGAUUAACAUUAUGGGUGCGCGAUAGGGUAUCCCAACCAAAGACUCGGUGUUUGAUGUCCAGGGCAAGCUAUGCGCACUAACACGUACAGCCAUUAGCGAGAAAUACUUUCAAACGUCGAUACUAAACUGCAGUCUUAUUGAUGUGAAUAAAUCAAAUGUAUAAAUGUUAUCCUAUCCCAGUGAGUAUAGAUAUACGAUGUCGUGUAGGAGAGAAUAGACUGACAACUGUUUAUCAAAGUUAUUUUCUACAAACAUCUACUGAACUUAUUUGUUACUUAAUUAUUCCUCCGAUUGUUAACAUGACAAAAUAAUUAUUUCCUCACAUGUAAUGUGAAACGUAAUAAAGUUUGACACGAUAUCUA